UUCCCAAGGGGCCAUCCGUGCUGAUCAUCCCGUGACAACCAGGCGGACCGGCGGGCUGUGCACUUGCAUAUGGUCUGGCCCACUGCCCGAAAAAGCCAAACGUUCUCUUGCUCGAAGCCGGCGGAAAGAAUGCAGACCCAAACCUUCGGGUUGACGGGCAGCGCUGGUUGACUUUCAUGAACAAGGACAUGAACUGGGGUUACAAGACAACGCCCCAACCACAGUGCGCCGAUCGUGAGCUCGAUUAUUCCAGGGGACUCGGUCUCGGUGGAUCCAGCGCCAUCAACUUUGGUGUCUUCACCGUCGGCGCCCGUGACGAUUAUGAGGAGUGGGCACGCAUCGUUGACGACGAUGCGUUUCGCUGGGAGCCCGUCCAGGCACGCCUCAAGCGCUUGGAGAACUUCCACACCACCCUUCCCGCGGGCGUGAGCAGCAAAUACGCGGCGCCGAACGCCUCGGACCAUGGAUCGUCCGGCCCUCUCCAUGUUGGGUUCCCGGCCGAGUGUGAGGCUGACGUCGCUCCCAUGAUCGAGACAUUCAAGCAGGCAGGAUACCCGUUGAAUCCCGAUCACAAUUCUGGCAACCCGAUCGGCAUGUCUCUGCUGAUCAGCUCAGCACACCAGGGGCGACGCUCCACGUCUCAGGACUUAUUGACGCCGCGCCCUGAGAACCUCACCAUCUUGACAGAGUCCCCGGUGCAGCGUGUCUUGCUAAAAGGCAAGAAGGCGGUGGGUGUCGAGUCGAAUGGGCAGCAGUACUUGGCUUCCAAGGAGGUCAUCUUGACGGCGGGCUCGCUCGACACCCCGCGGAUCCUUAUGCACUCUGGGAUUGGACCAAAGGAGCAGCUCGAAAAGUACAACAUCCCUGUCGUCCACUCCUGCCCGCCUAUCGGCCAAGGUCUCCGGGACCACGGGUUCUGCCCGCUUGUCUACACCCGCACAGAAGGUAGCACGGCUCGCGCCGAAUUCUACGGUGACCAGGCCGCCAUGGAUGCCGCUCUGGAAGAGUGGAAGCAGACCGGCACAGGACCGUGGGCCCAGUUUGCCACCGAGAUGGGUAUCGGGUUCUUCAAGUCGGACGAGCUCGUUGCUUCGGAUGAGUUCAAGGCGCUGCCCGCCGAGGAGCAACGGUAUCUGAACUCGGAAACGGUGCCGCACUUUGAGAUGCUCACCCACUUCCCCAUUCACUGGUUCCUACCCGGCUUCCGGGACGAGGACCUCAACUACUCCUGUCUUCUCGUCUUCCCGUACAACGGCCAGAGCCGCGGAACAGCGACGCUGCAGUCGUCGGACCCGAGCGUCCCCCUCCACUUCGACCCCAAUUUCUUUGAGCAUCCCUUCGACCGCCGUGCCGCCAUCGCGUCGCUCCGCGAAGCUGUGCGUUUCACCAAGACCGAGGGCUACGCCAAGGACACGGUCGCCACCAUCACGGCGCCCCAGUCGGACUCGGAUGAGGACUUGCUCGCGUACUGGGCGCAGACUUUCGGGUCCAGCUGGCAUAUGACGGGCACUGUCAAGAUGGGUAAGCCGGACGACGCCACCGCUGCCGUAGACAAGGAUUUCCGUCUCAUGGGCAUCGAUGGUCUGCGCGUUGCGGAUAUGAGUGUCGUUCCGGUGUUGGCGAGCUGCCAUGUGCAAGCCGUUGCCUAUAUCGCCGGCGCCACAUGUGCUGAGAAGCUGGUGAAGGAGCAUGGUCUCGCAUAGGUUUCCUCGGCUCGUACCAGAACGUGUAGGGAAGUAGUCUUUGCACGAUAGCAGACGCCUAGCUGUACUCGACCGGUUUUACAGCC